GUGUUUGUCUGUCUGUCUGUUUGUAUGGUUGUCUGUCUGUUUGUCCGUAUGUCUGUCCAUCUGUUUAUCUGUCAGUGUAUCACUUUCCUUUGUUGUGUAGUUUGCUAUUGUCUAACUAGAGGUACACCUGUAUGUCUAUGUGUCCAUUUCUCAGUUUUCUAUCCAUCCUUCUCACUUGCUUUCCCAUCUACUUGCCCAUCUAAUCCAGAAGACAUUAUCCUAAUUACUACUCGUGUUAGGUUCUCUUUCAAGGGCGUAUGGCGAGACAAACUCAACACAGACGUCUCGUUUCCAAUCAACGGGUUGAACGUCAACAAUUAUGUAGUGGGACCAACAAAACCAGGCAACUACCACCUUUAUGGUGUCUCAAAUCACAGUGGGAACUUGAAUGGUGGACACUAUACUGCGUGCUGUAAGAGUCCGUUCACUGGCAGGUGGCAUACGUUUGAUGACAAAGAUGUGAGUGAGAAGAGUGAAUCGAAUGUUCGGUCUUCUGCGGCGUAUAUUCUCUUCUACACAUCGAUUGACUUGCGACCGACACCAACAGCCAUGACUCGAUAAAUCCAGGAUAUGAACACGAGAAGUGUUAAAUAUCGUUAGUAGUGUUAGGUUUGACUUUAAUCAAAUUGUGGCAGUAGAGGUAAGAGAUGUUUUCUAGUACUUGCUUUCAUUGCAAAGGUAUUUGUGCUUGUAUUGUGAAUACAGAUUACAAUAUUGCUCUCUUGUAUUGUAAAGUUUGUCUCUUUAUCUUAUUUUCAAGCACGGUUAUGAAUGAUUAUGAUUUAGUAUUUCUAAGGGAUGAGGCUAU